AUGCGGGACAGGGACGCCGUGGGUCACACCACAUAUCCGCUAGCGCUCACGCUGGUGUGCGGCUCACAGGCAGACGAGCUCUCCAAGAAUCAACUUUACGUGCUACGCAUCACCAACAUUUGCCGGACAAAGCACGAUGGCGAGAGUGACAGCGACAGUGACGGCAGCUACAUUGGGGACGAUGGCGAUAGCGAGGACGACAAGGAUGAGGAGGAGGGUGAGGAGGUCAACAACGGUGAGCCCAUAGUGCAGCAUCGGACCAUUUCUCACUACGGCACAGCAAACCGCCUCCGUUGUGCCCAUCAUAAUACAAACUUAGUGGCUGUGUGGUCAGACGCUGGGCACGUUCAAGUAUUUGAUCUGGAAAAUGAGGUGACAAUGUUGUGUGAUUACAAGAACUGGGUAAAGAGUCAGGGGAAACCUACGGUGCAGAAAAAGCCCUCCGCACUGGUCUUUUGUACGCCAUCAACGGCGCACAGAACUGAGGGGUAUGGAUUGGACUGGAGCCCCACGGUUCAGGGCGUCUUCGCUUCUGGAGACUGUGACGGAAACUUAUUCGUCUGGCAGCCCUCUGAUGAUGGCCGCUGGCGGGCGGCUGCCAGCAGCACAAGUGAGACGCAAUCGCCUUCAGUCGAGGAGAUUCAGUGGAGCCCCACGCAGGCCGAUGUGCUUAUCGCCACCCGCGUCGGUGGCGUGGUGGAGGUGUGGGACACCCGUGACAUGCGGAAAAGUAAGAUUCACUGGCAGGCAGACCCCACAGACAUCAACGUUGCCGACUGGAACAAGGCACGACAGGCUUCACACCUGCUUGUGACCGGCGCCGACAGCGGGGCAGUGGCGGUGUGGGAUCUCCGCAAGGUCUCUGAAGCCACUCCAAUUCAGAGGUUGCCGUGGCACAGGGGGAGCAUCACAUCGGUAGAAUUUUCUUUGCACAAUGAGAGCGUGCUGGCCGUGACGGGAGACGAUGGGCAGUGCACGCUGUGGGACCUCAGCCUUGAGCGCGAUCCCAGCGAGGAGAAGGAGGUGAUCGGCGAGCUCUUUGGGCGACAGGACCUGACAGGCAUUCCCGACCAACUGAUGUUUCAGCACCAGGGGCUGGAGCACCCGAAGGAGGUGCACUGGCAUGCGCAGAUCCCUGGCAUGGUGAUUACGACCGACUACUCCGGGCUGCACCUGUUCCGGCCGAUGAACUGGCGCUCGCUUAUGAAGUAA